GCUUCGUCGGGCAGCUUUGCACAUCGUCGUCGCCCGAGAGCCCUGCACGUACCGCGCGAUUCCGCGACGCGAUAAAAGUUCAGUGAAAACAACUUAUCGGAACCGAACGCAAGAAACGAGUGACGCAUCCCUGGUGUUCCUGCACAAAAAAAGAGAACGUUGUUCCAGCGACCGAAUUGUUCGACGGGGUCGAAGAAAUUCGGCGGAUAUAAGGAAGUAAUGUGCUAGAAAGAAGAAGGAUAAGAGUCAUGGGUCAUAUGCGGUGGUUCCUGGCGGUGAUCGGCGUAAUCUGCGCGUGCACUUGCGGCGGGAAAACGGAAUGCGGAAAUCACGCGCAGAUCUCGCUGCUGACGAGCAUCCACGACGAUCCGGCCUGCAGGAAGCUGUCACCCAGGGGCGUGCUACUUUACGAAGCUGCCAAGUUACUGGCUGAAGUACACAAUAACAAGUCUGCCGGCUAUGACAUCGAGCUAACCGUAGUGGAUACGUGCGGUAGUAUAGCUGGUGCUCUGAAGGCAGCGAUGAAGGCUCUCGUGGGGGCGGAUACUAAUUGCUUGCAACCGCCUUAUUAUUUAGGUAUUAUUGGCCCGGACACUGCGACGAAUGCGGAAGCCGUACAGAAGAUAACGUCGGUAUUAAAAGUACCGCACAUCGUGGAACGAGCUUCGAAUUCCCCCUAUCUUCACCAUCUACCAAAAGAAUCCGACACCUACCUGGUUCAGGGAACGUUGAAGGUCGUGCAGGAACUGAAGUGGAAGUCGUUCACGCUGGUGGUGAACGCCGACGACGAUGGCGAGGACGACGCUCAGAACAUCGCGAAAAAACUAACAAUGGCGGCUAUUGAGAAGGGUCUUUGUGUUUUGGUGUACGACGGCGAUAAAGACGAUCUGACAACGCACAUUGUGCACAUUGGGACGCCAGAGGACGGAUUCUUCAGCAAGCCCUUCAACUCCACCAUUUUAGUUGUCAGCGAAGGACGACUCGAGAAUCACCUGAAUCACGUGAACUCGACCAAUAGUAUACUUCUUCUGGAAGAUUCCAGGAACGAGUUUGCUGGAUUAGAAGCGAGGGUUGAGAAAUCAAAAUGGUGGUCGAACAAGGACGGAAAAUUCGACGCGGAGGAACUGAGAGAUGUAAGAUGGCUCGAGGACGCGAUAAAAGUGUACGCGAAAGCAUUAGACACGCUAUGCAAAAAGAAGAAAUGCAAGAACCAGGUGAACCCGGUGGACUGGAACAACGUCCUAACAAACGUGCUGGUCGAUCAAGCGAAACAAUCGCAGUCGGCUACAGCGUCUCUCGAACUAUCGAUGAAAGUAAAAGCAGCGGACCUCCAAACUCUCGGUAGCAUCGUCGUCAGCAAGGACAAAGUGAAGCUGCAUUGGGGCGACGACGACGACGACGAUGACGACGACAAAGACGACGACGAUGAGGACGACGAUGACGACGAUGGCGAUGACAUGCCGGGCAUGUUCAAGAAAUUGAUUACCAAAGAAAAGGGAACGAAAACCGGUUGCGCUACUACGCCUAAAGAGAUCAAGUUGUUACACGAGGACGACGACGAUGCUGCUCACGUUCUGGUUUCGGAAAUGGACGACAGCGAUUGGUGGACUGUGGUGGGCACCGUGAGCGGAGUCGGUGUGGCGAUGUUCGUGGUCGGCAUCCUGGCCGUGUACGUGGUUUAUACGAACAUCAGGGGUCCUCUACCACCGAAGAACGCUCGUAUCGAAAGGGACACCAGCUUGAGAAGGGUGGGUAGCGAUCGUGAAACACCUGUUCGUGCUCAGAGGCAACCCCGUACUUUACAGAGAAGGGACAGCAACAGGAGCAUCAGAAGCACCAUCUCCGAGAAGAGCGUCUGAUGCGAUUCCGACACGUGCUACGAUUCUAAUGGAACGAUUCGAGAGAGUCGCUUACUCGAAUUUCACGAAAUAACGCCGACGCUGAAACUUUUUACAUCGCUUGCUCCAACGCCAUUUUACGAAAGCUUAGGUUCGAAUCGAAUGCGAUUGAUUUCCACGCUGGUUUCACACUUUGCUUUACUUUACUUUUGACCUUAGUUACUCGAAGCACACGAUUUGACAGGUUGAGAAUUUGAGAUUGGAGAUUUGAGAGAGUGGAGGUUUGAGAGAGUGGAGAUUUGAGAGAUUGGAGGUUUGAGAGAGUGGAGAUUUGAGAGAGUGGAGAUUU